UUAAUGAGAAUUGGAAAUGGACAAGAGAAAACUAACAACUGCAACAAAAUUGAAAUUCCCAAUAAUUUUGUUAUUCCCUUUACAGAAGAAAUAGAAUCUUUGAAUCUUUUGUUUAAUGUAACAUAUCCUGAUUUCCAUACAUUCUAUUCCAUCAUUUCAGCUGUAGCUUUCAAAUUGAUCUUAUUGACGGCACUGCUACAACCACAACAUCUAUCUCUGCUGAAUUAGGAGAAAAAUUACUGUGCAUGGCAGCAGAAGACAUAUUUGACAUAACUUGCACUAAGCGACAUUCAUUGUCUCUUACUCAUGUCCAUGAAAUGCUGUCAAACAAAGUAUUCGAAAUUCAACUAAGGAAGUCAUCUUGGAGCAGCUCAAAUACCACACAUGCAAGCUUCUCCGUUCUUUCCUACAUCGAAAAACCACAUACACCACAGAGCACUACUCAUAGGACUUCUAAAAAGAUCAAACCUUUGGAAAUAAGUGAGGUAGAAGUCAUGGCAACAACUACUGCAGCUGCUGCUUCAAAUCCAAUGCCAAAAUUUGAACCACCCACACCAACGAAAAAGGUGUAAAAGGUGAGUCUACUUCUCACUUUCACGCCAACGUAUAGGUCACAAUGAUUAUCGCUUGCACAUAUUCACAAGUAUUUCAACAAAUACUGCUAAAAGUCUCUACUUUUAGCUUUACUUUACUUUCUAUUACACACAUAACCAUAUAGUUCCUGU